AUGGCUGUUGAAAGCAUGCUCUCUAAUAAAAUGAAACGUCAUUUGGAAACGGUACAUGAAACUUUGAAAAACAAACCACGUACAUAUUUUGAGUCAAAAUUAAAAGCAAUGCGUGAACAAAAGACAACCUUUGCCAAGCAUGCUAAGAUCCCUUCUAAGRCUCUGCUUGCAUCUUACAAAGUUGCUUAUCAGGUCGCUAAAUGUAAAAAACCACACACUAUCGCAGAACAGCUCAUUUUACCGGCAGCAAUGGAUAUGGUAUUAAUUAUGCUUGGGGAGGCUGCUGCCAAGCAAUUAAUGAACAUACCAUUAUCAGAUWCUACUAUUAGUCGCARAAUACUUGAUUUGGCUGAAGAUAUUAACGAUCAGUUGAUAGAUAAAUUAAAAGGCAAGGAUUUUUCUCUACAACUGGUCGAAGCCACUGAUAAUAAUAAUGAUGGCCACCUAAUCUGUUACGUGAGGUUUAUAGAUGGUGGCGUUUUUCACGAAGAUCUUCUUUUUUACCGAAUUAAAAGUCAAGCUAGAGCAGUAGAUUUGUUUCAAAUGCUCGAUUUUUUCAUAAUGGAAAAUAAUUUAAUGUGGGAAAUGUGCUGUGGUAUUUGUACUGAUGGAGCUCGUUCGAUGUCAGGAUAUUACAACGGACUUCAAGCCCUCAUUAAAAGAAAAGCCCCAUUUGCUCUUCUUGAUAAAAUUACGGCUUUCCAAAGAAAAUUAGUUUUAUGGAAGACUAAAAUAGAAGACAACGCUUUUAAUGAUUGCUUUCCUAUGCUCCAUACAUUUCUAAAAGAAAAUGAUAUGAACUUGAAUGACUUCGUCAAAAAUGAGUUCAUUGACCACUUAUCUAACCUCAAAAUUAAUUUCGAACACUAUUUUCCACAAAAUACUCAACAACAAAGUUGGAUCAAAGAUCCCUUCAGUGCUGUCUUCCAACAAAUUUGUCAUCUAUUGAACAAGAACAGUGGAUCGAUGUAA